AUGGCUGUUGCUGAAAUCUUUAUAGGCGCAUUUAUCACAGUGCUGUUUGAGAAGCUGGCCUCUGCUGACUUGAUCAGGUUGGCUCGAUCUGCAGGAAUCUAUUCCGAGCUCCACAAAUGGAACAACACCUUGUCUCAGAUCCAAGCUGUGCUUGUUGAUGCAGGCCAGAAACACUUAAGAGAGAGAUCUGUUCAACUAUGGCUGCACAAACUCCAGCAUUUAGCUUACGACAUAGACGACGUCCUCGAUGAUUUGGCCACCGAAGCUAUGCGCCGCCACUUGAAUGAAGAAACUUAUGCCACCACCAGCACCAACUCUUGUAAGGUACUGAAGAUCGUUCCAACUUGUUGUACUAAUUUCACUCCUCGUACAAUUAAGUAUGGCCGGAAAAUGAGUUCUAAGCUCGAUGUGAUUACAACCAAAUUGCAUCAUCUUGUUGAGGAGAAAAACAUUCUAGGGUUGGUUAAUAACGUUGAAAGGGGAAAUAGAGAAAGUAGAAGAUUGGAGGAAACUUCACUGGUUGAUGAAUCCAGAAUUGUGGGUAGGGAAGGUGAUAAAAGGGUAUUGCUCGAUAAGUUGUUGGGGGAUGAAUCAUGUAAUGAAAAUUUCAGCAUCUUGUCCAUAGUUGGUCUGGGAGGGAUAGGGAAAACCACUCUUGCUCAAGUUUUAUACAAUGAAAAGAAAGUGAAGGAUCACUUUGAACUCAUGGCAUGGGUUUGUGUUUCUGAUGAGUUUGAAGUGUUCAAUAUCAGCAAAGCUGUUUUUCAAGCUGUAGGUGGAGGGAACCAAGAUUUUGCCAAUCUAGAUCUGCUUCAGGUGGCCCUUACAGAAAAACUCUCAAAGAGAAGGUUUCUACUUGUUCUAGACGAUGUAUGGAAUGAAAACUACAAGGAGUGGGAACUUCUCCAACGCCCUUUCGUGGUAGGGGCACCUGGAAGUAAAGUUAUUGUCACAACAAGGAAGACCACUGUUGCAUCAGUGAUGGACUCUGUUCAUGCCUACCCUCUCGAGCUUUUGUCAAAUGAAGAAGCUCUUUCCUUAUUUGCUCAACAUGCAUUAGGUAAACAAAACUUCGAUUCACAUCCAACACUUAAAUUGCAUGGUGAAGGUAUCAUGAAGAAAUGUGGUGGAUUGCCUUUGGCUUUGAUAACCCUCGGGAGGGUUUUGCGGACCAAAACAAAUGAUGAAGAAUGGGAGGAGUUGUUGAAUAGUGAGAUAUGGAGCUUACAUAAUGAAAGUAAGAUUCUUCCUGCUCUAAGACUAAGCUACUAUGAUCUUCCUCCACGUUUGAAGCAGAUGUUUGCAUACUGCUCCUUAUUCCCCAAGGACUACCUGUUUGACAAGGAUGAACUAGUCCUACUGUGGAUGGCAGAAGGGUUUUUGCACGAAUUAAAUGGAAGCAAGUCAAUGGAGAGUUUAGGUCGUGAAUGUUUUCAAGAGCUAGAGUCAAGGUCGUUUUUUCAGCAUUCAACUAACGAUAGGUCACGAUAUACAAUGCAUGAUCUGAUAAAUGACUUGGCCACAAGUGUUGCAGGAGAGUUUUUCUUUAUGUUGGAUGAUAAGAUGGAUGAUUAUGACCAGAUUGAAGCUUUGGAGAAGUUCCACCAUCUUUCAUAUAUUCAAAGAUAUGGAGUAUACAGAAAGUUCAAGGCAUUGCAAAGAGCUAGACGCUUGCGAACUUUCUUAGCAUUGUCAGUAAGGUUUUUAUAUUCCUGGCAAAGAUCCUCCUUAUCUAACAAGGUUCUUGUAGAACUAAUUCCCCAACUAAAGUUCCUAAGGGUGCUAAGCCUAGCUAAUUAUUCAAUCAAAGAGAUACCAGAAUCCAUUGGAGGUCUCAAGCAUUUGAGGUACCUCAAUUUUUCCAAAACCUACAUCACAUGUUUACCAGAACAAGUCGGUGACCUUUAUAACCUACAAAGCUUGUUGGUUACUGGUUGUCAUUUGUUAUCUAGCUUGCCAGAUAGCUGUGUAAAGUUAAUAAACCUACGGCAUCUAGACAUUAGUGACACGCCACAGUUGACCAAGAUGCCCUUGGGGAUUGGUGCAUUGACAAGUCUACAAACUUUAUCCAAAAUCAUCAUUGGAGAAGCAAACGGGUUCAAAAUAUCCGAGCUUAAAGGGCUAAUGCAUCUUCAAGGUCAAAUUUCAAUUACGGGGCUGCACAAAGUGUUCAAUGCAAUACAUGCAAAAGAAGUCAACUUACAGCAAAAGAAGGGGAUUCGUGAUUUGGAGAUGGAGUGGAGUGAUGUCUUUGAUGAUUCCCGGAAUGAAAAUAUUGAAUAUGAAGUUCUUGAAGGGCUAAGGCCUUAUGAGAAGUUGAGAAGCUUGAAGAUUUUAAACUACAUGGGAAUGAAAUUUCCUAAUUGGGUUGGGGAUCCCUCGUUUGUCUGCUUAACACAACUUACACUACGUGGGUGUAAAAGUUGUACGUAUUUACCAACACUUGGACAUCUACAAUCACUUGAGAAGUUGUUUCUUGAAAGCAUGAAUGGGUUGCAAAGACUGGAUUCCGAGUUUCUUCGGCCUAUUAAUUCUCAUGACUUUGGAUUUCCAUCACUUCAAGUUUUGGAAUUUAGAGAUAUGCAAGGCUGGGAGAUAUGGUCAACCAAUGGUGGUGACAAAGAUGUAUCAUUUCCUUGUCUUUGUGAGAUUUCUAUCAUAAAUUGUCCAAAACUAGCUGAAGUGGCAAUUGACCUGAUACCUUCACUUGAGGUUUUACAUAUAGAGGAAUGUUCUGUAUCGGUGUUAAGAAGCUUAGUUGGUGUGUCUUCGUCAUUUCUAGAAUUGUCAUUGAAGAAUAUCAAAGGACUUACUCAACUACAUGGAGAAGUUUUAAAGCACCUUGGGUCACUUGAACAUCUGUAUGUCACGAGGUGUGAUGAGCUUAGAUACUUGUGGGAAUCAGAGUCAGAGGCAUGCAAGAUUCUUGUGAGUUUAUGGGAUUUGAGAGUAAAAUUCUGCAAAAACUUGGUAUCAUUGGGAAAGAAUGAGGUGAAUUUGGAUUCGGAUUCGGGGAUUUGCCUUGAAUCUGUUAGAAAAGUGGAACUUUUCAAUUGUCCAAAACUCAAGAGUUACAAUUGUCCAAAUGGUAUCCAAAACUUGGAUAUAUACGGUUGUCGUUCAAUUACAUCUUUGACUUUCCCAACACUGCAAGAUCUCCCAUCUACUUUAAAGAUUCUUAGCAUUUGCUAUUUUGAUAAUUUUGAGGCAAAUUGUCUUCUCAACAAGUUUUUGUCAUCACUCGGGUAUCUUUCAAUUGCUAGGGUUCCGAAUCUCUCUUCUUUUCCCGAAGGUUGUUUAGUUCAUCUCACUAAACUGAUAAUUCGUGGUUGUGAUAACAUAGAAUCCAUUCCAGAAAAAGGUUUUGGUUUUCUUCCCCUUUUUUGCCUCAGAUACCUCGAGAUCAAUUCCUGCAAGAAUCUCAAGUCAUUUCCUCAUGAGCAUUUGCAAAAUCUCACAUCUUUGGAAGAGCUGUGGAUACGAGAUUGUCCAAAUAUAGACUACACCUUCCCUUGUGUUUUGUGGCCUCCUAAUCUAACUACCCUCACAAUAGGAGGAUUAAAGAAGCCCAUGUCGGAGUGGGGCCCACAAAAUUUCCCGACCUCACUUGUUAAACUCAGUUUAUAUGGCAAGAAUUCGGGAGUUGUUCCAUUUGCAAAGUCAGAAGAAGAUGUAAGAAAUAGGAAUAAUACAACUUCAUCAUCAUUUGUUGUUCCACCAUCUUUAACUUUAUUACAAAUCCAUGGUUUUAUGGAGUUGGAAUCGGUUUUGGAGGAGUUACAUCACCUGACCUGCCUUGAAGAACUUCUUAUUCGAUCCUGCCCGAAACUUAGAGAUCUGCCCGAGAUGCUGCUGCCUAAACUUUCACGUUUGUGGGUGGAUUCUUCUUCACUGGAAUUGAGAAAAAAAUGUGGUGGUAGAAAAGCCAAGUAUUGGCCUGUUGUCUCCCAAAUCCCUGACCUUGAUGUGGGUUGA